CGCGAGGUGAUGGAGAGAAGGAGCGAUAGAAUCAAAGAAUGUUACUACUGGCUCUGAUUUUGUCGGUGAGAAUUUUCUCCUCAACGAGGCCAUAACCGAUGUGUUGGACAGCGGAAGCGCACAGGUUACUGGACAGGCGAUUGCCGAUUUCGUUUACGAAGUUGGAGAUAAUUGCGAGGCUUUCGUUGAGAGACCUGUGACUGUCUACGCGCUCAUGGAUUCUGCUAUUGUCGUUAGGCGGAACGCUAUCAUCAAAGCAACCUUCCCAAAGUCGAUGGACUAGGAUCUUCUCAAGCUGGCUCACCUCUUGAAUAGCUUCCGUAUGGUUCCUGGCGUGGAGCCUUCAAAGAAGCAUGAUGUAGUUGAAACCAAAGUCCAAAUUAUCGCUUUUCCCAAACAGACCUCCGGGAAGAUGGAGGUCUGCGGAGCUAUCCUGAGGGAUGGGCGGCCAACUACUGAGGCUAUUCCACAAUCCCAAUAUAGGGGCACCUACACCGACCAUGGAAACAUCCUAACGAAAGAUCGAGAGGCCAAUCCGAGUGCAUAUGGCUUCGAGCAGAGAUGUUUCUCUCUUUCGCUCAAAGGAGUGGUUCCACCUCCAUGAUCCUGAUACCGAACUUUUAGAGAAAACACUCACGUUUCGCUUGUUAAACUUCAUCCGAUUCGGGGACGAUAAAAUCUUCGGCUACGUCGAAACUCUCGGACAAGUGUUGGUUGAGUUACCCACAAACGUGGUUACACAGGUUGCAUCUGUCCAGUACUGUACAUUCCAAGUCAGAGUCACGGAAAUCCGCUAUCAUAAUUGACUAUCUCCAACUCCAAGGCACCAGUAUCCGGUAGCCUUCAACUUCGACAAUGCUUUUUCUCUCAACGCGAAAACUGAAGUUCUCAUCAAAGCCCCGGCAAGCAACAGAAGAUAUGCCCGUGUACCAGCCGACUACAAUCCAAUUCACGUUUCGCGG